GUGGAAAACCGUGAGAAAUGAGAAGUGUGUCUGAUUUGGUGCCGGUUUAUCGGAAGUGAGCCCGCUUGCCACGUGAAGUCAAUUCAUAUGUUAGUUUGUCUGGAUUUACCAAUCUGAAUGGGAGUGGGUGGAUGAUAACAUUCAAACAACCACCCCCACUUACCCACAAUGUUAAACUCAGAUACAGCCGACCUUUGGACAGAUGAUGGGUCUAACGUUCAGUAAAACUGUGAGCCCGACAAUUGAGUCCUUCUGUCCCAUCUCGUGCUGACCCUGUUUGUGCUCCUAGCUGUGAGGAGCCGGAGCGUGCUCAGCGAGGUUGAGCCGAAGGCGAAAUGACGGUCUCCACUCAGCUGGGCUUACUACUGUGGAAGAACUUCACCUAUCGACGGAGACAGACUAUCCAGCUACUGAUCGAGAUUGUCUGGCCCCUGUUCAUCUUCUUCAUCCUCAUCUCAGUUCGACUGCACUACCCACCCUACGAACAACAUGAAUGCCAUUUCCCAAAUAAGGCCAUGCCCUCAGCAGGUACCCUGCCUUGGGUACAGGGCAUCGUCUGUAAUGCCAACAACCCUUGCUUCCGUUACCCUACCCCCGGAGAGAGCCCCGGGGUGGUGGGCAACUUCAAUGACUCCAUAAUCUCCCGUCUGUUUGUCGAUGCCAAGAAAAUCUUGCUGUACAGUCAGAAUGACAGGAGCUUUGAGGGCUUCAAAGGACUGGUGAGGGCCCUGAGAAAACUGCAGAAGAACACUGCACGUUUCAAGCUGAAGGACUUUUUGAGAGACAACGAGACCCUGUCCCAUUUCCUGCACCACAACGCCUCCCUUCCCCAUUACGCCAUGAGACAGAUAGUGGAGGCGGAUGUCAACCUGGAGAAGGUCCUCACCAAAGGUUUUGGCUUCCAUCUGAGAGAUCUCUGCAACACGACAUCCCUCGAAGAGUUCGUCCACAUCGCCGACGGCAACGUGUCUCGCCUCACCCAGGAAAUCAUCUGCACAUCGUCAAAUGAUUGGCUGAACAAGGCCCAGAGCCAUUUUCUGUCAAACUUGGACUUCCUUAAACCCAUUCGGAAGGACGUGAAGUCGGAUCCUAAGGCCAUUCAAGAGGUCUCUGCAGCAACUGAUGGUCUUCUGGAGAGCCUGGGUGCACUUGCUGUGGAGCUUGCCAGUAUAAAGAGUUGGAAGGACAUGCGUAAGGAGAUCCAGUACCUGACAGGCAACGCCACUGGCUCCCCUAACCUCAUGUACCAAGCUGUGUCGCGUAUCUUCUGUGGUCAUCCUGAAGGGGGCGGCCUCAAGAUCAAGUCUCUCAACUGGUACGAAGACAAUAACUACAAGGCCCUGUUUGGAAUCCAUGGUAACGACAGCGACAGCGAGCCCGUCUCCCUCUAUGACAACUCAUCCACUCCCUACUGUAACAACAUGAUGCGUAGCCUGGAGUCCAGCCCUAUCUCCAGGAUGAUCUGGAGAGCGCUGAAGCCGCUUUUAAUGGGAAAAAUCCUAUACACCCCAGAUACACCAGCCACACAAAGAAUCAUCCAUGAGGUGAAUAAGACCUUCCAGGAACUCGGUGUGCUGAGGGAUUUAGGUGGGAUGUGGGAGGAGGUGAGGACUAAAGUCUGGAACUUCAUGGAGAACAGCGAGGAGAUGGAUCUAGUCAGGACCCUGCUCCAGAAUAAUGCCAGCGCUGCUUUCUUCAACACUCAACUCAGCGAGACAGAGUGGCGGGUGUUGGACGUGUCCAAUUUUCUGUCUAAAGCGUCGGAGGACCGGCGGCCGGCAGGCUCUGCCUACACCUGGCGAGACGUUUUUAACGAGACGGAUCAAGCCAUACAAACCAUCUCACGCUUUAUGGAGUGUGUGAACCUUGACAAACUGGAGCCAGUAGCCAAUGAAGAGCGUUUGGUCAACAAGUCCAUGGGUCUACUGGACAACCAGAAGUUCUGGGCGGGAAUCGUUUUCCCGGACAUCACAUCCAGCAGCAGCACUGACCUUCCACCCAACGUCAAUUACAAGAUCCGCAUGGAUAUUGACAACGUUGAGAGGACGAACAAGAUUAAGGAUGGGUACUGGGACCCUGGUCCUAGGGCAGACCCUUUUGAAGACCUGCGGUAUAUCUGGGGAGGUUUCUCCUAUCUUCAGGAUGUUAUUGAGCAAGGCAUCAUCAGAGCUGUUACUGGCACCAAGGAGAAGACGGGUGUCUAUAUUCAACAGAUGCCCUACCCCUGCUAUGUAGAUGACAUUUUCCUUCGUGUGAUGAGCCGGUCGAUGCCUCUCUUCAUGACCCUGGCAUGGAUGUACUCGGUGGCCAUCAUCAUCAAGGGCGUAGUUUAUGAGAAGGAGGCGCGGCUGAAGGAGACCAUGAGGAUCAUGGGGCUGGACAAUGGCAUCCUGUGGCUGAGCUGGUUUAUUAGCAGCUUGAUCCCGCUGCUGGUUAGCGCUGGCUUGCUGGUGCUGAUACUGAAGAUGGGUAACCUGCUGCCGUACAGCGACCCCGGUGUGGUGUUUCUCUUCCUGGGCUCAUUUGCUGUGGUCACCAUCAUGCAGUGUUUUCUCAUCAGUACUCUGUUCUCCCGUGCCAACCUGGCGGCGGCAUGCGGUGGCAUCAUCUACUUCACCCUGUAUCUGCCCUACGUGCUGUGUGUCGCCUGGCAGGACUACGUGGGCUUCGGGGCUAAAGUCGUGGUGAGCCUGCUGUCCCCUGUGGCAUUCGGGUUUGGUUGUGAAUACUUCGCCCUCUUUGAGGAGCAGGGCGUGGGCAUCCAGUGGUCCAACCUGCUGGCUAGCCCCUUGGAGGAGGACAGCUACAACCUGACCACCUCCAUCUGCCUCAUGCUGAUUGACGCCGUCCUCUAUGGAGUAAUGACUUGGUACAUCGAAGCUGUAUUUCCUGGCCAGUACGGGAUCCCUAGACCUUGGUAUUUCCUCUUCAUGAGGACGUACUGGUGUGGCGAGGAGAACAAGAGCAUUUCCACCCCACUGGAAAAGAAAGGCAAUGCUGAAGCCAUAUGUGUGGAGGAGGAGCCAUCGCACAUUGAUCCAGGUGUCUACAUUAAGAACCUGGUUAAGGUGUACAGUCAUGGAAACAAGCUGGCUGUGGACGGCUUGACCCUGGGAUUUUAUGAGGGGCAGAUCACCUCCUUCCUUGGGCACAAUGGUGCUGGAAAGACGACUACAAUGUCAAUCUUGACCGGGUUGUUCCCACCUACCUCUGGUACAGCAUACAUCCUUGGUAAGGACAUCCGCUCUGAACUCAGCACCAUCCGCCAGAACCUGGGAGUCUGUCCCCAGCACAACGUCCUUUUCAGCAUGCUGACGGUCGAGGAACACAUCUGGUUUUAUGCCCGUCUGAAGGGCCUGUCGGAGGAAAAAGUGAAAGCUGAGAUGGAGCAGAUUGUAAAUGACAUUGGUUUGCCUCACAAAAGACAAUCCUGCACCAGCACCUUGUCCGGAGGCAUGCAAAGGAAGCUGUCAGUAGCCCUUGCAUUUGUUGGGGGUUCAAAGGUCGUGAUCCUGGAUGAGCCUACUGCUGGGGUUGACCCCUAUGCACGGAGGGGCAUCUGGGACCUGCUGCUUAAGUACAGACAAGGCCGAACCAUCAUCCUGUCCACCCACCACAUGGAUGAGGCCGACAUCCUGGGCGACCGCAUCGCCAUCAUCUCCCACGGCAAGCUGUGCUGUGUGGGCUCCUCCCUCUUCCUGAAGACUCACCUGGGGACAGGCUACUAUCUGACGCUGGUCAAAAGAGACUACGACCUGUCCCUCCAGUCCUGCAGGAACUCCGCCAGCACCGUCUCCUACAGCAAGAAGGCUGAGAAGGAGGACAGUGUGUCAGAAAGCAGUUCUGAUGCAGGCCUGGGCAGCGAACCAGAAAGUGAAACCACCACCAUUGACGUAUCCCUCAUAUCCAGCGUGAUCUUCAAGCACGUCCCUGAGGCUCGUCUGGUGGAGGACCUCGGCCAUGAGCUGACAUAUGUGCUGCCCUACCAGUCCGCUAAAGAUGGGGCCUUUGUUGAACUCUUCCAUGAGAUCGACGACCGGCUGACCGACCUGGGGAUUUCCAGCUAUGGAAUAUCUGACACCACCCUGGAAGAGAUUUUCCUAAAAGUGGCUGAGGACAGCGGAGUGGAUGCUGUAGAGCUCUCAGAUGGGGUGGUGCCAACCAGAACCCGCCGUCGUCAUGCGUUUGGAGACCACCAGAGCUGCCUGAAACCUUUCACUGAGGACGACAGCUGUGACUUCAACGACUCUGAAGGUGACCCAGAAUCCCGUGAGACAGAUUGGCUGGGAGGUACAGACGGUAAGGGCUCCUACCAGGUCAAAGGUUGGAGUCUGAAGAGACAGCAGUUUGUUGCUCUCCUCUGGAAGCGAUUCCUCUACGCGCGGCGCUCAAGGAAAGGCUUCUUUGCUCAGAUCGUUCUCCCGGCUGUAUUUGUGUGCAUUGCCCUGGUGUUCAGCUUGAUUGUUCCUCCAUUUGGAAAGUAUCCGAGCCUGGCCCUGCAGCCGGGCAUGUAUGAAGAACAAUUUACCUUCAUCAGCAACGAUGCUCCAGAUGAUGCUCACGCCAACAAACUACUUGAAUCUCUGACCGACAAACCCGGGUUUGGGACACGCUGCAUGGAAGGAGAACCUGUGCCUGAUACCCCCUGCACGAUGAUGGAGGAUGAGUGGUCAGUGCCGGGGGUUCCUCAGACUUUGAAGGACAUGUUUACCAAAGGAAACUGGACCAUGAAGAAUCCCUCACCACUUUGUGAAUGCAGCUGUGACGGACGGAAGAAAAUGCUUCCAGAGUGCCCACCUGGUGCUGGAGGGUUGCCACCACCACAGGUGAAGAUCAGUGAAACUGACACACUGCAAAACUUGACGGGCAGAAACAUCUCUGACUACCUGGUCAAAACCUAUGCUCAGAUCAUCAGCAAGAGAUUGAAGAACAAGAUUUGGGUCAACGAGUUCAGAUAUGGAGGGUUUUCAUUGGGCGCUAACAGUGCACAGUUCCUCCCCCACAAAGAUGAACUUGACAUCGCAAUUGCUCAGCUCAGAAGACGCUUUCGUCUGGAGAGGGGAACUUCAGCUGACCGUUUCUUUCACAGUCUAUCCAACUUCAUCCAUGGAUUGGACACCAAGAAUAACGUCAAGAUAUGGUUUAACAACAAGGGCUGGCAUGGCAUCGUCUCCUUCCUCAAUGUGAUGAACAACGGCAUCCUGCGGGCCAGUCUACCAGCUGGAAAGGACCCCACCAAGUUUGGCAUCACGGCUUACAAUCACCCCCUCAACCUGACCAAGGAGCAGCUGUCACAGGUCGCACUCAUGACAACGUCGGUGGACGUCCUAGUGUCCAUCUGCGUCAUCUUCGCCAUGUCCUUCGUCCCGGCCAGCUUUGUGGUCUUCCUCAUCCAGGAGAGGGUGAACAAGGCAAAACACAUGCAGUUCAUCAGCGGGGUCCAGCCCUUCCUCUACUGGCUGGCGAACUUCGUCUGGGAUAUGUGUAACUACAUCGUCCCCGCCACACUGGUUAUCAUCAUCUUUGUGUGUUUCCAACAAGAGGCUUACGUUUCCUCCACCAAUCUGCCUGUGCUGGCCCUGCUGCUGCUGCUCUAUGGGUGGUCCAUCACCCCUUUGAUGUACCCGGCCUCAUUCUUCUUUAAGAUCCCCAGUACCGCCUACGUGGUCCUGACCAGUGUUAACAUUCUGAUAGGAAUCAAUGGCAGCGUCUCCACGUUUGUCCUGGAGCUGUUUGGAAGCAAUGAGAUUGGUGGUAUCAACGACAUCCUGAAGAACGUCUUCCUCAUCUUCCCUCACUUCUGUCUGGGCCGAGGGCUGAUUGACAUGGUGAAGAAUCAGGCCAUGGCGGAUGCCCUGGAGAGAUUUGGCGAAAACCGAUUCCGCUCCCCUCUGGCUUGGGAUAUGGUGGGAAAGAAUCUGUUUGCUAUGGCGGUCGAGGGUGUGGUCUUCUUCUGCAUCACCGUCCUCAUCCAGUACCGCUUCUGCAUCAAGGCCAGGUCCUCCAGCAGUCAUCUGAAACCCAUUAGGGAGGAGGAUGAGGAUGUAGCCCGAGAGCGACAGAGGAUCCUCAGUGGAGGAGGACAGUCAGACAUACUGGAGCUCAGACAACUCACCAAGGUCUACAAGCGUAAACAGAAGCCAGCCGUGGACCGCCUGUGUGUGGGCAUCCCUCCUGGAGAGUGCUUUGGUUUGCUGGGGGUGAAUGGAGCAGGGAAGACCAGUACCUUUAAAAUGCUUACAGGGGACUCUGUGGUCACCAGUGGGGAGGCCUACCUGGCUGGAAAGAGUGUUAAUACAGAGAUAGAUGAGGUCCAUCAGAAUAUGGGCUACUGUCCCCAGUUUGAUGCCAUCAACGACCUGCUGACCGGCAGGGAACACCUGGAGUUUUACGCCAUCCUGAGAGGCGUACCGGAGAAGGAAGUGUGUGAGGUGGCAGACUGGGGCAUCCGCAAACUGGGGCUGGUGAAGUACGUGGACAAGGCAGCAGGCAGCUACAGUGGAGGGAACAUGAGGAAACUAUCGACGGCCAUGGCUCUCAUAGGAGGACCUCCUGUUGUCUUUCUGGAUGAACCAACAACGGGAAUGGACCCCAAGGCACGCCGGGCUCUGUGGAAUGCCAUCCUCAGCAUCAUCAAAGAGGGGCGCUCCGUCGUCCUCACCUCUCACAGUAUGGAGGAGUGUGAGGCAUUGUGCACCAGGAUGGCCAUAAUGGUCAACGGCAGGUUCCGUUGUCUCGGCAGUGUGCAGCACUUAAAGAACAGGUUUGGUGACGGCUACACCAUAAUCCUGCGGGUAGCGGGACCGGACACGGACCUGUGGCCGGUGAUGGAGUUCAUAGAGCGGGAGCUACCGGGGAGCACGCUGAAGGAGAAACACCGGAACAUGCUCCAGUACCAGCUGCCCUCCUCCCUCACCUCCCUUGCCCGAAUCUUUUCCCUGCUGUCCAACAACAAGGAGUCGCUCAGGAUAGAGGACUACUCUGUGUCCCAGACCACCCUAGACCAAGUGUUUGUCAAUUUUGCCAAGGACCAAAGUGAUGAGGACCACCAAAAAGACGUCCACCUGAACAAGCGGGACGCCGUGGCAGUUGAUGUCUCGCAGCUCAACUCCUUCGUGGUGGACGAGAGAGCGCGAGAGAGCUGCGUCUAAUAUCCACAAACUACCACCCGCUGGUGUUUGAUUACCCCAUCCAACCGCCACCCCUCCUGACACGAGGACCACUAUCCGAGGCAGAAGAUGUUUCCGUAUUUCUUAAUUCUUAUUUUUUAAAAUAUGUUUUUCCUUUUUUUAUCAUCUUAAUUUCUUAGCUGACCUGCAAAUAAGCAAACAUCUCAAGAGAUGAUGAGGUGGGGGCUGCAGGUGUUCAAACAGACACUGAAACAAUGCAAAUCAAUGCAAGAAGAAGAUGAAGAAAAGAGUAUAUUUAAGGAUUUGAGUGAGUUUCUUCUAGCCAGACGAGGUCGAAUGGUAUUUCUUUGAGGGGUGGAGACCGGUUGCUUCUCCUUCACACGACGGAUGGCCGAGAAAGACGUAAAGAAAAAAGAAACAGAUUGUAGCGUCCCCUAUUGGUGCUACCAAGUCACUGGCUGUAAGUCAAAGGAUUCUGGUCCGACAAAAUGUCACCAGCCUGGCGUGUCGGAGGCUGCCAAAACCACAAUUUUUGGGUUGAACCAGAACUGUGGAUGCGCUUUACUUUUGUACGUACUGUGAAAUGAUGGCAAGGUUAAAGGAAGUAGAAAAAAACAAGUUUCACUCAGUCACUGCUAACUGCAACAGGAUAAACAAAAAAAGAUUUUUUUUAAUUCAGGGUCAAACAUCUCCCAAUCUCUUUGCUACCAAGCACAUUUUUGCAAUGGAAAACAGUGUGCAAUAGCAUCUAUGAUCCAACUGGUUUCACUCUUAAAUAUCCAGUUUUAGGUAACAUGCCUCUGAUUUCAGCAGUCUUUUUUUGUUUGUUUGUUUGUUCCUCAUGGAAACAACAAGCUAUCUUUAAGACAAAUUUAUAACCAAGACCGAGUCUGGCUUUGGAUUUUUUUAUUUUCAUUUUGGAUGAUUUAACAUGGAUGAAGUAACAUCUGUUUGUUCUUUUGCUAUCUGUUGUUUGUUGUCAUCCAUGACAUUGUGUAUCCAGCACUGUCUAUACUGUACCGUGGUGGAGAGAAAAAAAACAACACUCCAACAAACAACAGCGUGUAGACAACAGAGGAAUGUAUGGGAGAAACAACACCACCAUGCUUUGCAUAAAAAGCACAAGGAGCACAAGAUGACACUUAUACAUGACUGCUUUUUAUACCAUUUCAUUUUGUCGUGUUCAGAAAAAAAAAAGCUAAUCGUGGUUGCUUAAAUGUCUGUAUGAGCGGCUGUGCAGCCUGCUGGCAGAACGAGGGUCUCUCUCUCCGUCUCUUGUCGCUCAUCCCCUUGAAAUUAAACUGAAUGCUAACUAGGAUGGAUGCGACACGGUUGCCACAUGUUAAACUCUUGCAGUUGAAGGAAAUGCCAAGGAUGGAUGGGACAUUUGGUAUUUUAAAGGGGCGUCCCAUAGAAACGUUGCUGCGUGCUUUCCGAUGGGCUGCACACCAGGACUUAUUGUCACUGCAGAAGCCUGCGCUGUGACGGACAGGCCUGAAAAAGGACCGAAGAGGAGGGGAAAUCCAGCUCUUAUCGUUGUGGAAUUACCAGGAUUAUAACGUGUGUCUGUAGAGUGGAAAUCUAAAAUUCUGUUGUUUAAAAAAAGAAAAAAAUCUAGAUUAAUGUGACAUUCCUGAUUUGGUGAAUAUUUCCCAUGCAUGGAAAGGACAAGUCGGGUAGCUGAGCACGCCGGCAUCCUCUGUGUGCUUGGGAGUUUUGUUUUUGUUUUUUGUUAGUAUGGUUAUUGUUCCAGUUACAGAGGCUUUUAUUUAAUGUAGACAUGACAAAUCAGCACAGGUGUGGACCAUUUUAUAACAAUUUUGUAGUAUUUAAUUAAGAAAAAGUAGCUGUCACUUACUCGUGUAAAAAAAAAAGAAAAAGGUGCCUGUGCCAAAUGGUGUGAAACGUCUGUAAUUGAUUAGCCAGCAUUGUUCUGAGGAGGCACACGUAAUGUCGAGCAUUUAUUUCAUUUUAUUUGUAAAUUGAAAAGCUUCAUUUACCGUAAUAGAGCCUCAUCUCCCAGCUCUAUCAGCUAGAGAGAAGGGGGGAACGUCUGUGUAUAAUCUGUGCUCACAUUCAGGCUCCAUCUGCUGCAGUUCAUCACAGAUUUCCCGUUAACACAGUGCCAUU